UAUCAUCGUUCUCAUCAGCCUCAUCAUCCUCAUCAUCAACGGCUACAGAGGACGAGUUGGAGGACUGGAGUGCCUCGUGGGUCGUGCUGCAACCUCAACACAGCCACCACAACACCACCACCACCACCACGGGCCACAACCACCACCACCACAAGCACUACCGCGACCAAAACAACCACAAAGUCCGUCACCACCACGAGAAGAGGUUAAGAAGGCGGAGAAAUGAGCCAAACAGACACCCGCCAAGGUUCACCCACACCGAGUAUCAUACCGUGGUGAAUGAGAACUUACCUGUCGGCUCCUCGAUAUUACAGGUUCAUGCCACGGAUGACGACAUGGACGUGAAUGGGCUUAUCAGAUACAGCGUCAGCGACCCCGAGCACUUCUCCAUCGAUGACGGCGGCGUGCUGACCAACAUUAAGCCCCUGGACUACGAGCACACCAAAGGGGAAUAUCGCCUCUAUGUGUACGCCGAGGACCAGGGUCCGUUGAGGUCGUUGCGGAAGGAGGUGAGGGUGCCCGCCUACAUCCAGGUCCGGGACACCGCGGAGCCGCCUUACUUCGAGAACACGGAGUACACUUUUGCCGUCACGGAGUCUGCCGCCGCGGGUACCUACGUCGGAACAGUGGUGGCCAGGGACGCCGAUCUGGACUUCGAUAGAUAUGAGUUGACCGGGGUGGUUCCUGUUGGCACGUUCAACGUGGAGCCGAACACAGGUAUCAUAACCGUGGGUGCCAACGCCUUCGCCACCAAGAGGGUCUUCACGUUCAAGGCAAAGGCUCUUGACAUGACGGGACUAUUCUCAUAUGCAAACGUAACAGUCAACAUCAUAGCCAGCAGACCGGUGUAUGGUAACCCUGGAUACUCAACUUCACGUCGACAAUCUCCUCGGACGUGGCGCAAACCCAACAAAAACGAGAACACUCAUAAGCCAGUGUUCAACCAGUGCGCGGAGCUGGACGGCAUCACAGUCAGGGAGAACAGUACUGCCGGGCUUCCUGUUGUGACGCUGACGGCCGUGGAUGAGGACUUCGGCCCCAACGGCGAGGUGUCGUACUCGCUCUCCAACAACUUCGACAGCUUCGCCAUCCAGACCAAGACGGGCAGCGGCUACAUCACCACCACCAGGAUACUGGACCGGGACGGCGAGGACAAGGAGUUCUUCCUGAUGGUGAUCGCCAAGGACGGGGCGUCGCCCGACGAGGCCCUGCAGGAGGCGUGCACCUUCAGCGUCAUCGUGGAGGACGUCAACGACAACCCGCCGAACUUCGACAAGCCGAUAUACGAACAGAACAUUGCCACGGACCACGGGGUCAACACGCCGGUACUGAGGGUCACGGCCACGGACGUCGACACGGGCGUGAACGCGGAGGUCACGUACAGCCUCGACGCGACCUCGGGUGACACGAGUUACUUCUCCAUCGACCCCAGCAGCGGCAUUAUCAAGCUGGAGACUCAGCUGGACGAAAGCAUGGCCGACAUCAAGACCUUCCAGCUGACGGCGCGGGCCACGGACAAGGGCCAGCCUCCCCUCUCCAACACCGUGCAGAUCAAGGUGGUGGUGGUCUCCUCGGGCAGCCUUCCCCCCACCAUCGUAUUCACCCAGCAGCCGCGACCCAUCCCAGAGAGCGCGCCGGUCAACACAGAUAUUGCGACCUACUGCGCGAACUCCAACGUGCCGGGAGAGCCUGACGUUUUCUUCAUCCUGGUGACGGGCAACACAGCGGACACUAACUCAGACGGAACCUUCGCCACCAGGAAGCUCCCCAACGACAACACAGUCUGCCCCGCGGGGAGUCGAGGCGUGGUCAUCUAUCUGGCGGUGGGGAACCUGGACUACGAGACCAUCACGCAGUACAAGCUGAUCCUGCAAGUCGUGAACACCCAGAACGCGAGGAUGGACCAGCAAGUCUUGGUGGAGGUGCAGGACGUGAACGACAUCCACCCCAUCCUGCAGCCCUUCGACGGCGCCAUCACGGAGAACUCCCCGCCCAUCCUCAUCACCACCAUCAAAGCCAUCGACAAAGACGCCUCGCCGGAGUUCAGAAACGUGAUCUCUGACCUUCUCAGUAAGUUUAGCCUCUCGCCCGACGGUCAGCUGAAGACGCUCGUUCCCUUGGACAGAGAGACGGAGGACAAGUACAGGAUCCCGGUGCACGUGACUGAUGGAGACAACAACCGGACCUCGAUGUACUGGAUCACGGUGAAGGACAUGAACGACGUGCCUCCGAGCUUCGAUAUGGUCAACGGAGUCUACGAGGUCCAGGUCCCCGAAGACAAGGCCGUGGGGAAGGACACAGGCAUCGUUCUCAAAGUGACGGACCCUGACAUCGUGAACCACAACGACUUCCAAAUCGUCGAAGGGAAUGAGCAGCGCAAGUUCAGCAUCGACUCCACAACGGGCGACGUGAAGGUGGCCGCGGGGCUAGACUAUGACGACCCAGUGAGAGACCGAAAUUUCACGAUGCGGGUUCGGCUGAGUGACGGCGCGAACGACAUGGCGGAGACGUACAUCACCAUCGCCGUAAUUAACAUGAACGACCAGAGACCCGUGUUCGACCCCGCGGCCUACACCUACACCGUCACGGAGAACAUUGACUGCGACAUUCCCUUCGGCCAGGUGUCGGCCAUGGAUCCUGACCUGCCUCUCGACGUGGACCAAAACAUCUUCUAUUACUGGCAAGGGAACGAGAAGGCAAACUUUAGCAUCGACGCAAAAACCGGCCAGCUCUCCAUCGUGGGGUGCCUGGACCGAGAAGCCGCUACGAGGGGGUCCAUGAUCAUCUACCCCAUGGCGAAGGACGAGGGCGGGAAUGGACUCGAAGCCAUGCCCGCGACAGUCACCGUCCUCAUCACCGACCAGAACGACAACCACCCCUUCAUCCAGAGCCCGGACGACAGCUACUGCAAGUUUAUGGAGAACACCGAGCCCGCCAGCGCCCCAGUGGUCAUCAUCCAGUUGUCGGACCUGGACUCGGCGGAGCACGGGUGUCCCUGCACGCUGGCCUUCGACGCCUCCACCCCGUCCGGCAUCACUGACAAGUUCCAAGUGACGAAGCUGGCGGACGCCACCUCGCGGUACGAAAUCCGGCCGCUCGUUAUGCUCGACCGGGAGGCGCAGAAGGUGUACCAGCUGCCCUUCCGCACCACCGACGCGCUGGGGGUCAACGGCAUCCGGUACUUGACGGUGGAGGUCGGCGACAGGAACGACAACCCGAUGACCGACGGGCAGAGUGCGAUCCAGGUGUACAACUACCUGGGUCAGUUCCCCAGGAGUGUAAUUGGCAGCGUCUACGUCACCGAUGCCGACGACUAUGACGUUAUCGAUAAGGUCUUCGAGAUCGACGCCUCCACCUCCAUGGAAGUCGACACCUACUUCGACGUGGACUACAGCACCGGCAACAUCACCAUGGCCAAGGACACGCCCAGUGGCAUCUACGUCCUCAGGGUGAAGGUGGAAGACAAAGUUCGCAACGAGACCGCGAUCGGCGAGGUGACUAUCAAGGUGGUGGACUUGACGGAGGAGGCGGUGAUGCAGUCCGGCUCCUUCAGGGUGGUGGGCUACUCCUCGCACUCCCUCCUUCAGCAGCAGCCGAACGCCAUCACGGGCACCAGCAUGUACGAACGCCUCAAGGUGGAGAUCGGGAAGAUUCACGGUAUCCCGGCGGAGAACGUGGACAUCUUCAGCCUCCGGGACUUCGGGAGCGACGUGGAUGUCCGCUACAACUGCCACAGCUCCUCCUACUACACGUCCGCCAGGCUCGACGGCCUCAUGCUGUCCCGUCUGACCGAGCUCAACAAUAACCUCGGGGCCACGAUAUCGAGGGUCAAUCUGGAUCGCUGUCUGUACGAGAAUUCCGCAGACCGCCCCUGUGACGGCAUUAACGGGGCAAGCAUCAGCUGCCAACAGACGCUCAAGCCCAACAUGACCUCGCCGUUGGUCGUUACCGGUGAGACCACGACGAUGGUUGGCGUUGACAUCACGGACCAGUACGACUGUAUCUGCGGCGCCCUGGAGCCGUUGCCGUCCGUGUGUUACGAGGGAUACUGUCUCAACGGCGGCGUGUGCGUGGCGGCGAACAACACGCUGACUUGUGACUGUCCCGCCUAUAACAACGACUACGGGCCGCGCUGCGAGAUGAAGAGCGCCAGGUUCGAGGAAGGCUACGCGUGGUACGAGCCGCCGAAGGUUUGCGAGAACUCGUCCAUCUUCUUGACCUUCCAAACGCGACAAGUGAGCGGCAUCCUCCUGUACUCCGGCCCGACGGUGGCGCGGCCCUGGAGUGACUAUCCGCGGGACUUCCUGUACGUGUUCCUCAAUAACUGGGUGCUGGAGAUGUACCUGGACCUUGGCACCGGCACCAUCAGCAUGGCCAUCCCGCUGGAGCAGAAUACCAACCGUGCCUUCGACUGCAUUAUCUCCUGGGACGAGCUGGGCAUCACCUUCGAGGCCAUCAACUGCUCCGGCAACUACAGCAGCGGAGCGACCUGCAAGAAGUCUGUGCCGCUGAUCGGGGGAAACUCUGCGAGUCACCUAAUAAACCUUGGGGCGCCGCUGCAGCUCGGAGGCGUGGCGGCCAUGCCCAGCUUCGGGGAGCUCGCCACUUCUUACGGGUGGACCCUCACGCCGCCCUCGGUCGCGCACUUCUUUGGUUGCGUCUUGGAACUGCGCCACAACGACUACCUCUACGACCUCAACUCAACCGACUACGAAAAGAAGACCUACAAGCCGUGCGACGCUCCGGCCGUCUCCAAAGUCAUCAUGGGGAAGCACUCCAUAGUGAUCAUCGUGGUCAGCCUGCUCAUGCUCAUCUUGCUGGUGCUGCUCAUCCUGUGUCUAGCGAGGCGCACUAAGAAGGCGAUUUCGUUGUCUGAGCUGGACGGCGUCGUGAAGGAGUCCAUCGGCACCAAUGACCUGGAGGGCUUUGGCGAGACGGACAAGACUGACUACGACCUGAAGCUGCUGCGCGUGGGUCCCAACGGCCACAUCUUCAACGAUGUUCACGGGAGGUCUCUGUCCUAUACUAACCCUGUAAUGCAUGAGGGCUUGCAGGGGGAUGGCGUGUACGCGACGCUCAGCCGGGACGGAAAGCGGCUUCCUGACGUGGCUGACGAGACCCUGCAGAGGAGGAAAGCCCCGAUAGCCUUGAUGCCGGAGGGUCUCAGCAUCGGGGAGUUCAUCGACGAGAACAUCAAGAAGGUGGACAAAGAUCCUUCAGACUUCGACGACGUCCGACACUAUUGCUACGAAGGUGACGCCAUGUCCAUAGCGUCCUUGUCUUCCAUUGGCUCCGGAGCCUCCACCGACAGUACAGAUACCUAUGACUACAAGAAUGACUGGGGGCCCAAAUUCGAGAAACUAAACCAGGUCUUCAAACGAGAGUCGGAGGAGGAGGACGACAGCGACUACGAGUUCUCUAACAUCCCGAAGCAGAGAAAACGCGCCUCUUUGCCUCCCCCGGUGACAGAGACAACCCCGCCGGAGUCGCCAGUCAACAAGCCAGUCACCACCUCCCGCCCCACCGCCGAGCCGACAGUCACCUUCACUGGGGGGGACGGGAAGAGCGGUGACCGGCCCCAGCAGCCUCCUCCCCCGCCUCCGUCAAGAUCCACCGAAGCCUUCAGUCCUUUGCCCUCUUACGGUGACCUUGAAGGAGAAGAGUCGUGGUGCUAGUGAGCGACUCGUGUGUGCGUGUGUGUGUGUGUGUGUGUGUGUGUGUGUGUGUGUGUGUGUGUGUGUUCUCAGGUGCAUUUCCAGGUAUACAGAGCAACAUACUAUUACAAUACACAGGUACGUCUCUUCUUUUCGCGUAUCUGGAAGAACGCGAAGCAAAACGUAAACAAACUUGUCUCGUUUUGCGCGUUCUGCUUACAUUAGCGCGAUCAAGACGCCCAAAUAUGACCAUGUGUACUCUAAGGAAAAUUUCGAUGUUUGAAUUACGCGAUCUCUCCAGUAAUGCAAGACGCGCGGAAAACGAGAAGUGCUUGUACGUCAUUCUCUUAUAAUAUUGUAAAUGGAUGCAUGGGGCGUAUUCUCAGACGCUUUGGGCUCACACAUCGCUAUUACUAAAGGCCAUAGAGUAGAUAAAGUGGGUUCUCACGACGGUGCAGAAGCCUUGUCAAACCAUCUCUAAGCUCAUGAAACUACCCAUGGAAAUACCCACUACAAUCUCAACGAAAGCCUUAUUAAAUGUGGGUGUGGAAGCCCUGAAUUGAAAAGCCUUGUCAACCUAUCACUGGACUCAUAAAACCACCCAUGGAAAUACCCACAACGCCCUCUACAAAAGCCUUAUCAGAUAUGGGUGUCUAAGCCCUGAAUUGAGAAGCCUUGUCAACCUAUCAUUGGACUCAUAAAACCACCCAUGGAAAUACCCACAACGACCUCUACGAAAGCCUUACCAGACGUGGGUGUGUGAGCCUUGAAACGUUUGAGGAUACGGACCACAGUAUGAAUCGCUCGUAUAUUCACACUAAUCACAUGGCUAAUAUUCCUACUGAUGCUGUAUGACUUUUAUUUUGUGUUUUAUUGGGUUGUGUUGUUAUCGCCAUUGUUACUUUUUUUUGUGUUUGUUAAGGAUGAGCCUCGCCGCUUUUCCCGUUGUGAUAUGAACCGAACGCGUGUCAGUCAGUCAGUGCCGAAUUCGCAGUGAGUCAGAUGGAAGGUGCUCCAAUCAAAGGUAUAUUAACCCCCGCGUCUCCUUUUCUACUUCCUUUCUUUCUAUUUUGUUCCCUUUUUUUUCCCCAGUUCUUCCUUUCUGUUUUUCGUCCUUCUAUCCAUCCUUCCUUUCUAAUUUAAUUUCUUCCCUCCUUCCUUUUUUUUAUUUUCCCUUGUUAACUUUCUACUUUCUUUUCUGUAUAUCUUUCUUUUUUUUUUUCUUUGUUUUUCAACCCAAAUCCCCCAAAUUAUGCUUCUUUUUUAUUUUCUUAAGUUUUUCUCAACGUUUCAUUGCACAUUUUACUUCCAUUUUUUUUCGUAUCCACUUUUUCUCUUCCUCAUUUUUACCUUUCAUCUCCUUACUCGGUUAUUUCUCUCUUUGUUCUUUUCUCUCUCUUGUGUUCAUUGCUUUUACCUCAUUUCUGUUAUUUUCACUUUUGUUUAUUCCUUUCUUACGUGUCUCAUUUCCAUUCUAUAUUUCCUUACCCCGUGUCACUCUAUUCCUUUUUCUUCUAUUUCAUCUUUUAAUACCCAUUGCUACCCAUCUACUAAUCUACCGACCUCACGUCAACGCUGUUCACUCUCCCCUCGAAAACAAGCCCCUCCCACUUCCUCGUCAAGCCUCAUUGGUCGAUUCUCAAGCAAGCCACGCCCCUCUCCAUGCCCGUGAUUGGUGGAUACUGGGAGAGGUUCAAGCCUAUUGUUUGUUGCUGAGAGAAGUUUGACCCUAUUGGCUGUUGCUGAGAGGAUGUGGGCGGGGCCUAUCUUCGAGGUUAGUGUGAACGGAGUAUACCAAUCCCUGAAGGUGCCUGUUUAUGUGUGAGAACGUAAACUAUAGAUGCUAAAAAACGAAAGAAGAACGUAAGCGAAUUUUCAUAUUGACCAAACGUUCUAUUAUUUCCAUAACACAGUGUAUAUGAUUGAUUUCUUUUGUACUUAAAUGAUUCAGAACCAUAAUCAUGACAUUUUUUUGCUUGUUUACUUAUGCAAGGCGAAUGAUUGAGUGCAAGAUGAUGAUGAUGAUAGGAUAAGAAAUUAAAACUAUCUUCUUAAUUGAACAAGUCAUAAAAAUCAACCGAAGAUUAAAAUAGCGUUACGUAGUUGUUAAGGUUUGUCGAUGUACCGUAUGUGGCUGGGAGGAAAAUUGUGCGCGGCGUCUUAAGUAAUGUGUGAUGUGGUCCUUAUUUUGUCCCCCGUGAAAUAAGUCGCAGAGGGGUGGAAAGUCUGUCUCGUACGCAUUUUUUGUUUUGUCUCUUUGUUACUUUUAUACUUUUUUGUCUUUUCGCUAAAAAUGGUGAUUGUAGACUAGUGAAAAGUUUGCCUUGUGUGGGGAUGAAGCUUAAGCGAGGAUGUUUUUCGUAACCUUGAUGAUUUUAAUGUUUGUUUGUUUGUUUAAUCUUUUGUGUUUAGGUCCUAACUAGAGUCUUCCAAAUAUGUCCAGGCCGGUCUGGCGUAGGCUCCCGUGGGUCCUUUCCUCCCCUCUGCUCUGCCACACAGUCCCAACACCUAUCCCUUCCUCUCAUAUGUAAGCUAUAGGUAACAUAUGAGAGGAAAAAAUAGGUGUUGGGACUGUGUGGCGGAGCAGAGGGGAGGAAAAGGCCCCCGGGAACCAACGCCAAAAAGGACUCGACAAUUUGGUUUCACUUAUAUGACUUACACCGUAUAUUUUAAAGGUCGUAUUAGUAUUUGUUAACAGUUAUUUGGCUAGUUUGGGUUUUUACUUCCAUUUGUAGGAGUUAGUUUGAAGUGAUGGAUUUUCACACAGUUAAGUCGACGUAUUACAAACAGUCGUAAAAAGCGAAAUAGAGAAAUCAACAGAAUCAACUACCCACGCCUUGAAAAACGGGCUAAAAAAAGGACAAAUCAGCCUCAUUAUUGUUAGUAAAGACUCAUACGACGUUUAAGAUAUCAUGCGUUUAUGUGUUCAAGUUAACUUUAAGUAGACGAGUUUUCUUCUAAUUUUGGACGUCCUCUUGGCAAAAAAAAAAAAAAAAAGAGAGAAGAAAGAAAAAAUGACAAACUAAUCAAUAUUUCUGGUAAUCUCUUUUUUAAUCCACAAAAUUAAUAUGACUCACUGUGUUCAAGUUAUCUUAAAGCAUCGAGUUUGCUUCUAUUUUCGACUUCCUCUCGGAUAGACAAAGAUAAAGAUAGAGAAGAUAAAAUGAUGAUACAUAAUAAAAAAAAUAUAAGGACAGAUAAGUAAAAAAAAAAAGUAAUUCCUUGAUAGAUAAAUAGAGUAAAAAAGAUAAAAUAAAGAAGACAAAAAUAAAGAUAGAGAAAAAGAAAAUACAAAGACAUGGUAAAAAUACACCCGGUGAUAAAAUUCUAAGACAAAAUCGGAAUAGGGAUAAAGACAAGAUAAAACAAAUAUUGCGAAAGAGGAAGUAAAAAGACGAAAAAACAUCAAAAUUAUUCCCGGUGAUCACUUUCAAAAAUACAAAAUCAAAAUGUGAACAAUUAAUCUUUUUUUUUUUUUUGCCAAGGACGUGAUACAGUUUAAUUCAAGAUAGUUUUUUUUUAUUGUGGAAGUUUUGCUCAAUUGUGGGCGUAGACCGAAAUAAAGAACCAGACAGACAGACGAUAACACUCUCUCUCUCUCUCUCUCUCUCUCUCUCUCUCUCUCUCUCUCUCUCUCUCUCU